AUGGCUCCCCUGAACUCACCCUCCUCUGCCUGGUUACAUUCCUCAGGUAACAAGUUUUUGUAUAGCCAUGCCUGCCUCCUGGUUGCUGGGAUCUGGUGCUAUGCUGGAGUCUUUGCUGUGGGGCCCCUGUCUGGCUGGGGAGAGUACGGGGCCGAGCCUUACGGGACUGCAUGCUGCAUCAACUGGCAUGCACCCAGCCAAAGCACUGCAGCUAUGACCUACAUCAUCUGCCUCUUCUUCUUCUGCUACAUCAUUCCGUGCACCGUCAUCUUCCUGUCCUACACAUUCAUCCUGCUGACCGUGCGGGGCUCCCGUCAGGCUGUGCAGCAGCAUAUGUCCCCACAGAACAAGAUCACCAAUGCACAUGCACUUAUCGUUAAGCUUUCUGUCGCAGUUUGUAUUGGUUUCCUGACAGCAUGGAGUCCAUAUGCUGUUGUGUCCAUGUGGGCAGGGUUUGGUAACCCAGAAACUGUACCACCCAUGGCUUUUGCCCUGGCAGCCAUCUUUGCCAAGUCCUCCACCCUUUACAACCCUAUCGUCUACCUAGUCUUCAAGCCCAACUUCCGCAAGUCCCUGUGCCGCGAUAUGGCCCAGUGCAGGAGGACACUCUGUGGAAGUCUGUGUCAGCACAGCACUGCACAAAAGGGAACUUGCAGACAUUCUAAUCAUAAAGACGAGUGCAACUCAACAAGAUUGUCCAAUGGGCUCACAGAGAACCACAAGACCUGCAGACACUGUCCUUGCCCUGAAACAGUCAUUGGUGCCAGAGAAAACUUUACGGACAGCGGCCCGCAGAAGACUGCAAGGAUACUUAAAGGAUCUCUGCACAACGAGGUGGCUAUCAGUCAGCUCUCCAACGAGAUGCAGAGCGACUUCCUCUAAUGUAACAAACAUACCCACACAGUGAGAAGGUGAAAAAACAGGAAAGACAGCAAAAUAUGAAGGUUUGAAGAUAUGAAAAAAUUUAAAUAUAAUUAAAGACAAAACUAUCAAUAUUGACUGAAGGGAAAUGGAACAGGAAGUUUUAAAAAUGAAGGACUUGCUUCAUGCCUCAAAUAUGUGAUACUGCCAAAAAAAACAUGGCUACAGUUAGAAGCCAACACAGAAGGAUAAGUGAGUCAAACAGCCAGCAUGCAACAACAGAUGUGUACAUCAAUAUUUCAUCAG